UGAUGAUAGAGGGUUACAUACAUGCUAUAGUACAAUGUUCUAAUCUAUAUUUUUUGUUCAAAAUAGUAGCGGGGCCAUUUUGGUGGUGGUAGUCGGAGCUAUAUGUUCGUCCGUUUAGCAAUCAAUGUCAUGAUUAAUUGAUCACGUCGGGAUCACGUUUGUGAGUAGCCUAUAUACCGAGGUAAAUUUUGGUUUUGUUCUCAAUCUUCAUGCUACGCGAGAUAAUCAUAAUUAAUUGAUAUGGUUAAUUCUAAUCAUCAGGAUCAAUUUAAAGAUAAGCACGGACAAGAUAACCUUGCCUACAAGCAGGAGGAGGCUGAGGGUCAUGUGGAACUUCGAGAGGUUGGGCGGGCUCCACAGAGCCACACGACGACCACUGCCAAUGGGGUUCGGCAGUCAAAGAAUGCUUGUAAGGCGUACCUCAUCUUCGUCAUCAUUCUCUGCAUCGUCAUCGGAGCCAUUGUCGGAAUCACAAUGGGAAUAGAUCGAUUAGCCACCGAUGGACAAGACGAAUCGAGCAAACAAACAAACAAGCCAACCUUGGUCACAGGGCCGUCUCCAACUACAAAAUCAUCAACAGAACUUCAGUGUGGAGAUCGUCCAGCAAGUCGUUCUACCUCUGGCAAGCCUCGCAUUAUCGGUGGCUCUAAUUCUCAGCUAGGCGAUUGGCCUUGGAUGGUAUCUUUACGUGAUCGUCUCAACAUCCACCGAUGUGCUGCUGUCAUUAUCAACAAUAUCACUGCCAUCGCAGCUGCACAUUGUUUGGGCAGAUUCGAGACUGCAGUUCUGGGUGACCUGAAACUUUCAGUGCAAUCACCUUAUCACUUGGAGCUGAAUGUCAGGGCGAUUCGUCAUCAUUUAUUCAAUAGUCAGACCCUCGUCAAUGACAUCGCAGUCGUUAUAUUUGAUCCUCCCAUUCAAUACGUCAAUGAUUACGUCAGACCAAUUUGUUUGGAUACCCGCGUGAAUGUUGAAGAUUAUGAAUCGUGUUAUGUGACUGGCUGGGGCCAGACAAGAGAAGAUGGCCACGUAUCAAACAAUAUGCAGGAAGCCCAAGUAGAACUGUUUGAUCUAGCAGACUGUCGAUCAUCGUACAGCGAUAGAGAAAUCACUCCUAACAUGAUAUGUGCUGGAAAGACUGACGGACGCACUGAUACAUGUCAGGGAGACACUGGUGGGCCACUUCAAUGCAUGGAUCAAGAUGGCCGCUUCCAUCUUGUUGGAAUAACCAGCUUCGGGUAUGGAUGUGGAAGAAAGAAUUACCCAGGAGUCUACACCCGGGUUUCUAAUUUUCAAGAAUUCAUCCAGAAUGGAGGCUAUGAAGAUCCCAUCCCCGUGAACGUGGAGGUGUCUCUUGGAAACUCUACUCUCCUCCAGAUCAAUGACCAAUCUACCGCAGACAGGAUAUGGAUAAUCUCUUCCUCCGAUGGAGUAACCAUCGACGUCUUGGUGCAGGGUAUCGAAAUUGAAAAGGCAUAUUCCCUCUUGCUCCUCGGAUUCGGUGACGAUCCGUUCGACCCGACGUCUAUGAUGGCGAGCUCGGAAGCGUUCAUCGCAAACUUCUUCCGUGUUUUCGGCCACAGUGGUGUAUGGGUGAGGUAUAAGAGUGAUGGUGUGGUUUCAAACACAGGUUUCAACAUCGCCUUUGAAGCAAAGAUAAGAGAAAAUGAAUCCUCUUCUUGUGAGGACCAACCCUGCGGUGAUGAACUUAACACUUGUUAUGAUUUCUCAUCUGGCUACUCUUGUGUCUGCCGUGAAAGUAUUUCACUUCCAUGUAAUGUGACAGGGACAGCUGUUCGAUUCGUAGACCCAACCCCCCAAAUAGAUUGUGAUUUUGAGGACGGAUUGUGCGGCUGGGAGCAAGUGCGAUUUCCCCGUGAUGAGUUUGACUGGACAUUCAGAUCGGGAAGAACACCAUCAUCCAGGACUGGCCCAUCUACAGAUCAUACAAGGAGAAACACGGAUGGCACUUACAUUUACAUCGAGACAUCAGGCCGUGAUUUACAGAGCACUGCACGUCUCAUCAGCCCCAAGAUCACCAAGACAUCAACAUCAGAGGGCGCCUGUUUCACCUUCUUCUACCACCUGUAUGGUUCAACAAUAUGGCGCCUCCGUGUCCACUUCUUGCACGAGGAUACACGAGAGCAAGAGACACUCUGGACCAGGUUUGGUGACAUGGGUGACGUCUGGCUCUUUGGACAGGUCGAUCUGAGCGACGUCGGCAACGGAUGGAUCAUCAUGGAGGGAAUCGACGGGACUGGUUUCAGGUCCGACAUAGCAGUAGAUGAUUUUGAACUUACCAAGUGUGUGUUGACAGCUGACGUGAACACGAAUAUCGUACUCCGAUCUGAUGACGUUGUCCUCUUGUCAUCACCCGGCUUCCCGUCCACAUAUCCAAAUGAUCUAACCUCAACAUGGACUGUGACCGUUCCUGAUGAAUUCGGCUUGCAUAUCGACAUCGACUUCAUGUCCAUUGAAUCGACGUUUGAUGAACUGGUGAUCGGCAGCGGGCUUGACCCUUCUGAUGGAGGCAGGGUAUUGGAGGUUCUCACAGGAACACGGGGUUCCUCGGGAAAAACUUCUUAUGUUUGGGAUGGGCAGAAGAACUACUGGAUCAGGUUCCAGACAGAUCUCACCGUUAGAGAUACUGGAUUCAUGAUCUUCGUCAGUCCUGUAAACUUGACAGCAUCACUGCCAGCUACCACGAAUGCGGCGUCAAGUACAACUUCACCACUAACAACAUCUAUGACAGCUUCUGCAAACUCGAAUGCUACAACUAUGGCUUCGAAUGCUACAACGAUGGCAUCCAAUGCUACGACGAUGGCGUCGAAUGCUACGACGAUGGCGUCCAAUGCUACGACGAUGGCGUCCAAUGCUUCGAUGGCGUCCAAUGCUACGAUGGCGUCCUUUGCUACGAUGGCGUCCAAUGCUACAACGAUGACGUCUAAUGCUACGAUAGCGUCAAAUGCUACAACGAUGGCGUUGAAUGCUACAACGAUGGCAUCGAAUGCUACGAUGGCGUCGAAUGCUACGAUGGCGUCGAAUGCUACAACGAUGGCAUCCAAUGCUACGAUGGCGUCGAAUGCUACUAUGGCGUCGAAUGCUACGAUGGCGUCGAACGCUACGAUGGCAUCGAAUGCUACAACGAUGGCGUCGAAUGCUACGAUGGCAUCGAAUGCUACAACGAUGGCGUCGAAUGCUACGAUGGCAUCGAAUGCUACGAUGGCGUCGAAUGCUACGAUAGCGUCGAAUGCUUCAUCGAUGGCAUCAAAUCCGACAGUACCACUGUCGUCUUUCGUCAUGGCGGGCGAUUCUCUGAACUUGACAUACCCGUCAAUCAUCGACGACAGCGUCAACGAAUUUGUGUUCGUGACAAACCAGUCAUUUGGGUUCCGCGUUAUCUUCCAUUCCAUCCUUCUGCCGGGCGAGGAUGACAUCAUCAUCGUUUCCGAUUAUGAAACUGUCAUCGAUUCGUUACAAGGACCUGCUGAUGAAGUAGAUAACAUCUUCAUUGCUGGAAACAAGAUUCGAUUUGCAGUAACGGGUGGGAAUGAAACUCGGCUAGAAAUUGAAGUCAUUUCGAUCGACCUAACAGAAAUUCACAUCUGCUCUGAUCACCGUGGCAUCGUCAACCAAACCAAGGUCUGUGACGUCAUUGUUGACUGUGCAAGUGGAAGUGAUGAACAUACAAAUUGCUCUACCAUUUUGCUGGCUCCUAUGCAAAGCCUGAAGCUGAGCUCUUUCAACUACCGGAGCGAUCUAGCCUUCUACACCACGUCCAGUUGGAGGGUCGCAUCGAUAGACCCCUCCUUCGCAUUGGUUGUCCGAAUGGAAUCAAUCCACCUCGAUUACUUUGACUCGCUCGUUGUACUAUCCGUUGGUGAGGUCCACAACCAGAGCGGUAACGUAUGGACCAUCGAAGGCGAGCUUGAUCAGGAAUGGAAUGAGGCUGCUGAUAAGGUGUUCAAAGGAGGGCAGGUUUUGGUAACAUUCCAGUCCCUAGGAGGCCAAAGAGGUUUCGAGUUGGACAUUGUAUCAGUACCACUUGAAGACAUACUUGGCUGUAAUGAUGCUGACAAGGUUGUAAUGAGACAGAACAUCUGCGAUGGAAAUGUCGAUUGCCCGGAACUUGAUGACGAGAUACAAUGUGAAACGACCAACAUCACAGAGUUAUCAUUUGGACAAAUACUGACAAUCGAAUCGCGUGGAUACCCCAAUGCUAUCACGACACCUCGCCCAUUCUACCAGACGUGGGCUAUCCGAACGAAGGAUGAAUCACGCAUCCAGAUACACAUUGACCAUCUCGUUCUCGAGGAGGAAGAUGCCUUCGCAAUCGGAACAGGUCUUGAUUCAAGGGACGAGUCGUCGAUCAUUUAUGAGGUUUCAGACACAGAUGCUUUAAACGGGUCGAGUACGGAUAUUCGACCUCAGGGAACCAAGUUAUGGAUCGGCAUUAAACGGUUUUCUUCAACCACGACAUAUCCACUCAGUUUUUCUUUUGAAGUUACUGCCGUGGAAAACUAUACAUAUACUUGCCCAGCUGGACAACUGAGCUGUGGAGAUAUCUUCCUUCAAUGUUUUAUCUCGGACUACCUCUGUGACGGGACUCCUGAUUGUACCAACGGCUUCGAUGAAGAAGAUUGUGAGUGUUCGGCUGACGGUUUAAUCAAGUGCGAACAAAAAAAUGAGUGCUACUUCCGCAAAUCCUUUUGCGACGGGUCGGGAGUAUGCGAUUACAACUGUACAUUUGAAUGUAAAAACGGACACAGAGUGACUUCUCAGUUUGUUUGUGACGGGUUCGAUGAUUGUGGAGACUCUACUGAUGAACAACAGAAUUGCGAAUGUGCCUCGGUUCGGUACGACUGUGGAGAGCGGUGUAUUCCUAAGAACAAUGUAUGUAAUGGAUACAUUGACUGUGCAGAUGGGAGUGAUGAAACCGACUGCACAUGUCAGAAUUAUGAGUUCGAGUGUGAUAAUGGAAAGUGUACUCCAUUCUGGAAUCUCUGCAAUAGUGAGGAUGACUGUGGUGACAAUACGGAUGAAAUCGAAGCAAAUUGCCGAUAUUGUAACGGAAACUACCAUCAAUGUCGAGAUUUCUCUUUCUGUAUUAUGCGUUCUCAAGUCUGUGAUGGAAACCUUAAUUGUGUGGAUGGCAGUGACGAGAUCGGUUGCCCUUCGUCUUUAACUGCAGAUGAUGCUGAUGAUGUGAUAUGGCUCAAUAACACCAACGAGUGUCAUACACUGACAUUCGGCACCAAUGGAACCAACUCUAGUAACAGUGGAAUGGAGGAGUAUACAUGGCUAAUCAUCGCCAAACAUGAAGACGGUGGUGGUAUCAGUCUCAAUGUUGACCAUUCCUUGCUCCGAGAUGAAGCGGACUUCUUGGAUCUCAUCGUCGGUUUCCCUGAGGCUGAGCCGUUAUACCGAUUUAUGCUUACCGGAGUCGAUAGAAAUGUCUCGAGUUUAAAAAACAGCACGGCAUCCAGCUCACUGAAUACAACACGGAUGUCCUCAUCCUUUGUGGAGAUUUGUGGCAACUCAUCCACUCCUAAUUCUCAAGACCUCUUAUACCUAAAUGUAUCCAGGAUUUUAUUAAGAUUAACAGUUGGGCCAAACUUAACGGAUGUGCAUUUUUUAAUGCAGCUUGCCUCGACUCACUUCGGAGACAAGUUUUUUGAAUGUUCCAAGAACAUAGUUAUUCCAUCACACCAGGUAUGUGACAACACAACGGAUUGCCCAUUUGGCGAGGAUGAAAAUGUAGACGGGUGCACAAUAUCUGUAAAUCUAGUCUACGGCACCCAGUCCGAAAUAUUUCUUUCAAAUACCACCUUGGAUCCGAACUUCAGAGACGGAGAAGCUGUAUGGAUAAUUCACAAUGCACCAAAUACCACGGGUAUCAAAGUAGAUAUCAAUCAAUUCAUCCUAGCAGAGGGGAGUAAUAUGACGAUAGGACUGGGAGAUGAUAGGAAUAAGUAUGAUUCUCCCGCCGUCGUUCUCACCGGGAUGUCAGCUCCAAAACAUGUCUUGCUCAGAUCUGAAUCUAUUUGGUUACACGUACACAAAGCUAUCAAUUCUUCUGGCUCCUUUCAGCUGCUGAUAUAUCCACAAAAUAUUACAGAUGAACUAUUUUUGUGCAGUCAGGGUUUAGUCAACCUCAGCGAUGAAGCUGUAUGUGAUCAAACGAGGCAUUGCAUUGACGAUAAUGAUGAAUAUGCAUGCUUUACCACACCAAAAUAUGAAGGGUGUGGUCUCCGGCCCGCAUUGAUGAACCAACGCGUUGUACAUGGAGAUGACGUAACAGUCCUCGGACAAUGGCCCUGGCAGAUCGUCUUGUAUAAAUACGAGCGUCCAAUUUUCAAUUGUGGUGGCAGCAUUAUUUUUCCCGAAUGGAUCAUCACAGCAGCUCACUGCGUUAAUGACGCUGGUGAGACGUAUACGAUCCAGGCAGGCACUCUGAACCUUCAGAUAAACGGAGGAGGACAAAUUCGUGCAGUGUCUGAAGUAUUUGUUCAUCCAGACUACGACCAAUCAAUCAACAUCGGAGCCAAUGACAUUGCUCUUCUCAAAUUGGAUUCCCCACUCGUCUUUACGGAUGAUGUUCAGCCCGUGUGCCUUCCAGAUCCUGGCGAUAACCAACCAGAAGUUGGAUCCUACGUAACCUAUACCGGCUGGGGAAGCAUCAAUAAUUUUUAUGGGCGACUUCCGGAUUAUCUGCAGGUAGCCAGACAGGUGGUGAUACCCAACGAGAUCUGUAUACGGAAUGGCUACUUUAACAUCCCAGUAGUACCAACUGUAUUCUGUACUAUGUAUGCCGAAGGAUUUCAGUCCACCUGUACAGGCGACAGUGGUGGCCCAGCUGUCCAGGAGAUUGAAGGACGAUGGACAAUACAAGGUUUGACCAGCUUUGGAGGACCAUGUGGCCUUGCAUACUAUCCUGUUGGCUUCACCCGCAUCACUCGUUUCCUCGACUUCAUUGCAGACAUAUUGGAAAAUAACUGAUCAUCUCUGUCACAAUCAUUAUGACUUCCAAGUUGAUUCGCCGAUGCUGUAUAUCACUUAUCAUCUUAACCCCAACUAGAGG